AUGCCAAUCAGCUAAUCUACUCAAAACACCUGCAAAGGUUUCCUGAACCUUCAAAAUGGUCUCUCAGUUUGGUUCACUAGGCUACACAAUCAUGGGGAAAACUGCUGAUUUGACAGUUGUCCAGAAGACAAUAAUUGACACCCUUCAUAGGGAGGGUAAGCAACAAACAUUCAUUGCCAAAGGUGCUGGCUGUUCACAGAGUGCUGUACCCAAGCAUAUUAACAGAAAGUUGAGUGAAAGGAAAAAUUGUGGAAGAAAAAGAUUCACAACCAACCAAGAAAACCGCAGCCUUAUGUGGAUUGUGAAGCAAAAUCGAAUCAAGAAUUUGAGUAAACUUCACAAGGAAUGGACUGAUCCUGGGGUCAAGGCAUACAGAUGUGUCAAGGUAUUUGGCUACAGUUGUCGUAUUCCUCUUGUUAUAUGUCAUAUGUGUCUUACCUGGGCUAAGAAGAAGAAGAACUGGACUGUUUCCCAGUGGUCCAAAGUCCUCUUUUCAGAUGAUAAUAACAAGUUCUGUAUUUCAUUUGGAAACCAAGGUCCUAGAGUCUGGAGGAAAGGUGGAGAAGCUCAUAGCCCAUGUUGCUUGAAGUCCAGUGUUAAGUUUCCAAUGUCUGUGAUGAUUUGGUGUGCAGUAUCAUCUUCUGGCGUUGGUCCGUUGUGUUUUUUUGAAAACCAAACAGGAUUUGGCACCUGCCCACACUGCUAAAAGCACCAAAUGUUGGUUAAAUGACUGGCCAGCAAACUCACCAGACCUGAACCCUAUAGAUUCUCUUUUGUCACGAGGAAAAUAAGAAACAAGAGACCAAAAAUGCAGAUGAGCUGAAGGCCAUUAUCAA